CGACGCGAUUGGCUGCCUGGCCGCACACAGCUAUAUAGGCGCUGCCCACCCGGCAGAAGCCCCCUGCUCUUUUCAGCACCGCUCACUGUGAUUGGCGCAGCCUUCUGCCUGCGAACAGUGCCAUGUCCGCCCGUGGGAGCCCUGGUGGUGCCGCGGCCGGUUCUAACUGCAGCCAGCCCUCCUCGCCUGUCGCAGACCCCGGGCUCGUGUUCUCCGUGCCCGGCUCCUGCCCGCUGACCCGGCGUCUCCUGCGCCUGCGGAGCUGCGGCGGCGCAGUCGGCCCGGUCGGGCGGCGCAGGAGGGAGAUGACCCCCGCCGACAGGAAGGACUCCACCUACUGGGAGAAGCGACGCAAGAACAACGACGCGGCGAGGCGCUCCCGGGAGAGGAGGAGGCUGACCGACCUGCUGCUGGAGGGCCAGCUGCUGGCUCUGAGCGAGGAGAACGCGCGGCUGCGGACUCGUGUGCUCAGUCUGCAGCGCCACUCCGCUGUGCGGGCAGGAAGGGGCCGAGCUGCCUCCGCCGGGGCAACUUUCACUGCACCUGCUGUGACUUCCACCGUGUCAUUGUCGCCGAGACCCGCUCGGGCCCCUGCCCUCUUCCCGGCAGGGCGUCGGGGGACCCCUAUCCGGGACGCGAGGCACCAAGAAGCAGCCGGCCACACCUUUGACGCACCGUUUCCUCGUUUUGGCUCAAAUGGAGCUGCCGGUGGUUUCAAGACGCGUCCUCCUCACAGCUGUGUCAUCUCUCCCCGAGCACCUUUGGUCAGGUCAACAGAGGCAGAGGUGGAGGCGCAACGACACGUCUCCUCCUGCGUUGACAUCCCCAACUCCAGUAUCCAAGCAUGUCUGCCCACAUGUGGCGCAACCUGCACCCUGUCGUACACGCAUAAGAACUGGCUAGUGCCCCACCUGAGCGCCUCGGCCGUGUGUAAUAAUUGUCUGCUCCCUUGGCGGUCCUACUACGUGCCCCCGCCGGCCGUAUACCCAGACCUGCCUCUAUACAUCGAGGGCCAGGGGGUCAGCAGUGCUCCGGCAGGGCUGUACCUCAGUCCGGAUGGACGCUACAGGACAGUUUGACUGGGCAGAGAAAACGCAGCCCAUAGUGUAUUUGUUGCAAUCAUGUCUAAUAAUGUAAUGUCUAUAAUUUGAUAACACUUGUUUGCGACCCUAUCAAUUUCCUAUUUGGUCAUAAUGAAGUGGAUUAUUUUGAGAACGGUAUUUAACGACAGUCUAUAGCCUAUAUCAUUUUUUGUUGAAAUACAGAAUGUAUAUCACACUGAUCCACUUAGCCUUAUAUGCAAAUACCUCCAUCUUGUUGUAAUGAUAUCAUACGAUGACAAUAAAGCUUAAAGAUA